AUGUCAUAUCCCGAAAAGUUCCAAGGUAUUGCCGUUCAGGACCAUAAUGACUGGACACAUCCCAAGAAGAUCUCUUACGAGCCUAAAAAAUUUGACGACUACGACGUUGAUGUGGAAAUCGAGGCCUGUGGUAUCUGCGGUAGUGAUACCCACUGCGCCAGCGGGAACUGGGGCCCUAAGUCGCUGCCGCUUGUCGUUGGCCAUGAAGUGAUUGGCCGCGUGGUUCGCGUUGGUCCCAAGUGCCACACCGGUGUAAAGGUCGGUGACCGCGUGGGUGUCGGUGCGCAGGUGUCUUCGUGCUUGGACUGCGACCGCUGCAACAGCGAUUUUGAGCCCUACUGCGCCGAAUUCAUCACAACUUACAGUCAGCCCUACCCAGAUGGCUACGUUUCGCAGGGUGGUUAUGCGUCUCACAUUCGCGCGCAUGAGCAUUUCGUGAUUCCUAUCCCAGAGAAAAUCCCAACGCACCUAGCUGCCCCGCUUCUUUGCGGCGGUAUCACGGUAUUCUCGCCUCUAAUUAACAACGAUUGCGGACCAAACAAGAAAGUCGGAAUCGUGGGUAUCGGCGGUAUUGGCCACAUGGGUCUGAUCUUCGCCAAAGCUCUCGGAGCUGAGGUCUAUGCAAUUUCCAGAUCGUCUGCUAAAAAAGAAGACGCCAUGAAGCUAGGCGCUGACCACUUCAUCGCUACGAAGGAGGAGCCUGACUGGGAAAAGAAGUACGCCAGCACUCUGGACCUGGUUAUUGUUUGUGCCAGCUCUCUGACUGAAAUUAACCUGGAGCAACUCAUCAAAACUAUGAGAAUCAAAGGUAGAAUCAUUUCCAUUUGCGUGCCAAAGGAGACUGAAGAGCUUAACCUCAAGCCCUUCCAGCUCAGUGGUAUCACGAUCGGAAACAGUCAGUUGGGCUCUCGUAAGGAGUUGAUUCAGUUGCUGCAAUUGGUUGCAGACAAGGACUUAAAAAUCUGGGUUGAGACAUUGCCUAUCAGCGAAGAAUCUGUUCACGACGCCUUUGUGAGAAUGGAAAAGGGCGAUGUUAGGUACAGGUUUACGUUAACCGACUUUGAUAAGGAGUUCCGCAACUGA